AAAGAAGAAAGAACUGAAAAGGUACGGGAUAUUUCACAGGUCAAGGUACAUCUGCCUGGUUUGCUUUCUCCAAAUACCCACACUUGGUUGGAGAGGCCUCCCUCUUACCUGACUAUCUAAUAGGGUUGGUGAGGAACAUGUCCUCACCUUUUCUUUGGAGUUUGGUUGUUUUGUUAACAUUUUCUGAAUCUGAUGGUGAAGCUGGAGAACUUGAACUGCAGAGACAAAAAAGAAAUGCUGACCUCCAACAGCCUCGAAUUACUACAGAAAGGGGAAAUUUAGUGUUUCUUACUGUGUCUGCUCGAAACAUUGAAUUUAGAACUGGAUCCCUGGGAAAAAUUAAAUUAAACGAUGAAGACCUUGGUGAAUGUUUACGUCAGAUCCAGAAAAAUAAAGACGAUAUUACUGAUCUAAAAAAGACUACAACUGAUCUACCUCAAAGUAUUGCUAGUCAAAUUCAUCAGCUUAAUUCCAAGCUGGCCGAUCUUGAGAGAAAAUUUGAAAGCUUACAGCAGACAGUUGGCAAGAAGGUCUGUGGCAGCAAUCCCUGCCAGAAUGGUGGAACCUGCCUCAAUCUUCACGAUUCCUUUUUUUGUGUCUGUCCUUCACAAUGGAAGGGUCCUCUGUGCUCAGUUGAUGUUAAUGAAUGUGAGAUUUACUCAGGAACACCCUUGGGCUGCCAGAAUGGAGCCACGUGUAUAAAUACAGCAGGGAGUUACAGUUGUCUCUGCUCACCUGAGACACAUGGCCCUCAGUGUGCAUCCAGAUAUAAUGACUGCGACGGGGGCUCCAAGGCUCGCUGCAUCCAUGGCAUCUGUGAGGACCUAGUCCGAGAGCGGGCUGGAGAGCCCAAGUACAGCUGCAUCUGUGAUGCUGGGUGGACGUCCCCACCGAACAGCCCGGCCUGCACGCUGGACAGGGAUGAGUGCAGCCUCCUGCCAGCACCUUGCUCAGCGCUUGCGGAGUGUUUCAACACUCUGGGCUCUUUCUAUUGUGGGGCUUGCCCGACAGGCUGGAAAGGAAAUGGAUACAAUUGCCAGGAUAUCAACGAAUGUGAGAUAAAUAAUGGUGGUUGUUCUGUGGCUCCACAUGUUGAAUGUGUGAAUACACUUGGAUCUUACCAUUGUCAGUCCUGUCCACCAGGGUACCAGGGUGAUGGAAGAGUGUGCACACUCAUAAACAUCUGCUCAGUCAGUAACGGAGGCUGCCACCCGCACGCGUCGUGCUCCUCAGUUCUAGGUUCCUUACCUCUCUGCACUUGUCUCCCAGGAUAUACUGGAAAUGGUUAUGGGCCAAAUGGAUGUGUUCAACUCAGUAAUGUUUGCCUGAGUCACCCCUGUUUAAAUGGACAAUGCAUCGAUACAGUCUCUGGUUAUCUUUGUAAGUGUGAAUCAGGUUGGGCUGGUAUCAACUGCACAGAAAACAUCAAUGAGUGUCUAAGUAACCCCUGUUUGAAUGGGGGGACUUGUGUUGAUGGCAUUAGUGCUUUCAGUUGUGAAUGCACACGCUUCUGGACUGGAUUUCUCUGUCAGAUUCCCCAGCAAGUCUGUGGAGGGUCCCUCUCAGGGGUGAAUGGAAGCUUCAACUAUAGGAGCCCUGAUGUUGGUCCUGUGCGUGACGUUACCUGCUUCUGGGUCAUCCGGACUGAGGAGGGAAAGGUACUGCGUAUCACUUUUACUUUUUUCCAAUUAGAAUCAGUGAAUAAUUGUCCACAUGAGUUUCUUCAGAUUCAUGAUGGAGAUUCCUCUGCAGCAUUUCAACUUGGAAGAUUCUGUGGCUCUAGACUCCCUCAUGAACUCCUUAGUAGUGAUAAUGCUCUCUAUUUUCACUUCUAUUCUGAAUAUCUAAGAAAUGAAAGAGGCUUUACAAUAAGAUGGGAAACACAGCAACCAGAGUGUGGAGGUACACUGACUGGUACUUACGGUUCAAUUAAGUCUCCAGGAUACCCUGGAAAUUACCCCCCAGGAAGAGAUUGUGUUUGGAGCAUUAUAACCAAUCCUGGCCUCCUGAUAACAUUUACUUUUGGGACCUUGCGUCUGGAGCACCAUGAUGAUUGCAGCAAAGAUUAUCUUGAGAUUCGAGAUGGUCCUUUGCAUCAGGACCCUGUUCUUGGGAAAUUCUGUACCACUCUUUCUGUCCCACCACUCCCGACUACAGGCCCCUUUGCCAGAGUUCAUUUCCAUUCUGACAAUCAGAUUAACGACCAAGGUUUCUAUAUCACCUACUUAACUUCACCUUCGGAUCUGUAUUGUGGAGGGACCUAUACAGACCCAGAAGGUCUUCUUUCUCCUGACUUGUCUGGACCUUUCACUCACAACAGACAAUGCAUCUAUAUUAUAGAGCAGCCCCUGGGAGAACAAAUACACGUCAAUUUCACCCACGUGGAGCUGGAAGGCCAGAGUGGCUGUUCUCAGAGUUACAUUGAGAUUCUAGAUGAGCAAACUUUACUUGGAAAAGUCUGUAGCAAUGAGAUCCACUCUCAUGUUAAAUCCAUUACUAAUAGAAUCUGGAUCAGGCUUAUAAUGGAUUCUUCUGUUGUAAGAGCUAGUUUCAGAGCUAUUUAUCAAGUUGCUUGUGGAGGUGAAUUAACUGGAGAAGGGGUCAUUCGCUCACCCUUCUAUCCCAACGUGUAUCCAGGAGAAAGGAUUUGUAGGUGGACCAUCUACCAGCCCCAAAGCCAAGUAGUCAUUCUCAACUUCACUAGCUUUGAAAUUGGAAGUUCUGCCCACUGUGGUACAGAUUAUAUUGAGAUUGGUAGCAGUUCCAUUAUGGGUUCUUCUGAAAAUAAAAAAUAUUGUGGGACAGAUAUCCCUUCAUUUAUAACAUCUGUGUAUAACUUUCUUCAUGUCAUAUUCGUGAAAAGUUCUUCUACGGAAAAUCAUGGUUUCAUGGCUAAAUUCAGUACUGCAGAUUUGGCAUGUGGAAAAAUUCUUACUGAGUCAACAGGAAUCAUUCAAAGUCCUGGCCAUCCAAAUAUCUACCCCCAUGGUGUCAACUGUACCUGGCAUAUAUUUGUCCAACCUGGCAACCUAAUUCAUUUGACAUUCAGGAGAUUUCACCUGGAGUUUCAUUACAAUUGUACAAAUGACUACUUGGAAGUUUAUGACACUGGUUCUGGGACAUCUCUUGGGAGAUACUGUGGAAAAUCAGUCCCACCUUCUCUUACCAGCAGUGCCAACUCAUUAGUGCUUAUAUUUGUGGCUGACUCUGACCUUGCUUAUGAAGGCUUUUUAAUAAACUAUGAAGAAACUGACACAUCAGCAGCAUGCUUGGAAGCCUACACAGAGGAGUCUGGGACAUUCACUUCUCCCAACUUCCCUAAAAAUUACCCUAACAACUGGAAAUGCAUUUACAGGAUCACAGUGGAAACCAGCCACCAGAUUGCAUUGCACUUCACAGAUUUCUCCUUGGAGGAGGCUAUUGGUGCAGAAUGUGUAGCAGAUUUUGUGGAAAUCAAAGAUGGAGGCUAUGAAACUUCACCACCCUUGGGAAAAUACUGUGGCUCAGAGCUACCUCCAAGAAUCAUCUCUCACAGUAACAAACUCUGGUUAAAAUUUAAAAGUGACUUCUUUGACUCACGGUCUGGAUUCUCAGCUUACUGGGAUGGAUCAUCAACAGGUUGUGGGGGCAACCUCACCACGCCCACUGGCACGUUCACAUCUCCCAACUACCCGAUGCCCUACUACCACAGCUCUGAAUGCUACUGGUUGUUGAAAGCCAGCCACGGCAGCCCAUUUGAACUGGAAUUUGAAGACUUUCACUUGGAGCAUCAUCCCAACUGCACUUUAGACUAUCUGGCUGUAUAUGAUGGCCCAAGUACAAGAUCUCAUUUGCGAAGUCAGCUUUGUGGGAGUGAGAAACCGCCUCUUAUCCGUUCUAGUGGAGACAGCAUGACUUUAAAACUGAGGACAGAUGAAGAUCAACAAGCAGGUGGCUUCCUGGCUAAGUAUAGGCAGACAUGUGACAACGUGGUGAUUAUGAAUCGAACCUAUGGCAUCUUGGAGAGUAUACAUUAUCCAAAUCCUUAUUCUGAUAAUCAGCGUUGCAACUGGACCAUUCAAGCAACGGCUGGCAACACUGUGAAUUACACAUUUUUAGCAUUUGAAUUGGAAAGUCAUGCAAACUGCUCCACAGAUUAUUUAGAGCUCUAUGAUGGCCCACAGCGAAUGGGGCGCUUCUGUGGAGUAGAAAUGCCAUCCCCAGGGAGCACCGCAGGCUCCAAGCUUCAUGUGCUGUUCCACACCGAUGGGGUCGGUCACCACGAGAGAGGAUUCCAUAUGCAGUGGUUCACUCAUGGUUGUGGUGGGGAGUUGUCUGGGGCCACAGGCUCCUUCAGCAGCCCUAGGUACCCUAACACAUACCCCCCCAACAAGGAAUGUAUCUGGUAUAUUAAUGCUGCCCCCGGGAGUAGCGUGCAGCUCACCAUCCAUGACUUUGAUGUGGAGUAUCAUGCAAGUUGCAAAUUUGACGUUCUGGAGGUCUAUGGAGGCCCUGAUUUCCACUCUCCCAGAAUAGCCCAGUUGUGUGCCCAAACAUCUCUUGAGAGUCCCUUACAGGUCUCCAGCACUGGAAAUGAGCUAGCAAUCCGAUUUAAGACCGACAGUUCCAUAAAUGGGAGAGGCUUCAAUGCCUCAUGGCAAUCAGUCCCUGGAGGUUGUGGUGGGAUUUUCCAGACUCCAAGUGGAGAUAUUCAUUCUCCAAACUACCCUAGUCCUUAUAGGAGUGACUCUGACUGUUCCUGGGUCAUUCAGGUGCAAAGAAAUCAUCGUGUUCUCUUGAACUUCACUGACUUUGAUCUUGAACCUCAGGACUCUUGUAUUACAGUAUAUGAUGGCUUAAGCUCCACGACUGCCCGCCUUUCCAGAGUGUGUGGAGGGCAGCCACUGACUAACCCCAUCACCUCUUCAGGAAAUAGCCUCUUUGUGCGAUUUCAGUCGGGCCCUUCCAGACAGAGCAGGGGCUUCCGAGCCCACUUCAGGGAAGCUUGUGGAGGCUACAUCCUCACCAGCUCCUUUGAUACUAUAUCCUCUCCAUUGUUCCCUGCCAAGUACCCAAACAAUCAGAACUGCAGCUGGGUGAUUCAAGCUCAACCUCCAUUCAGUCAUAUCACCCUCUCCUUUAGCCACUUUGGACUUGAAAGCAGUACAACAUGUACACGAGACUUUGUAGAAAUUUUGGAUGGCAAUUAUGAUGACGCGCCCCUCCGAGGCCGCUACUGUGGCACCUCCCUGCCCCACCCGAUCACAUCCUUCAGCACUGCUCUGACGCUGAGGUUCUUCGCUGACACUAGUGUUACUUCUGACGGCUUCCAUGCUGUAUAUGCCGCAUCAUCAUCAGCUUGUGGUGGAACCUUCCACAUGGCGGAAGGCAUCUUCAACAGCCCCGGCUACCCAGAAGUUUAUCCCUCUAAUGUGGAAUGUGUCUGGAAUAUUGUCAGUUCCCCUGGCAACCAGCUCCAGCUGUCUUUUAUAACUUUCCAGUUGGAGGAUUCUCAGGACUGUAGUGGAGAUUUUGUGGAGAUCCGGGAAGGAAAUGCUACUGGUCACUUGGUGGGACGAUACUGUGGAAAUGUCCUCCCCCUCAAUUAUUCAUCCAUUGUUGGGCAUGUCCUGUGGAUCCAAUUUGUCUCAGAUGGCUCAGGCAGUAGUACAGGCUUCCAGGCCAUAUUUACUAACAUAUUUGGCAAUGAUAAUAUUGUAGGAACUCAUGGGAAAGUUGCCUCUCCCUUAUGGCCUAGUAAUUACCCCCACAACUCCAAUUACCAGUGGAUAGUAAAUGUGAACGAGUCUCAAGUUAUCCAUGGUAGAAUCUUGGAGAUGGACAUUGAAGCAACACAUAACUGCUAUUAUGACAAGUUAAGGAUUUAUGAUGGGCCUGGUAUUCAUUCCCUCUUAAUUGGAACUUACUGUGGCACCGAGACCAAAUCCUUUAGCUCCACUAGAAAUUCUUUGACAUUGCAGUUUUCUUCUGACUCCUCAGUCUCAGGAAAAGGAUUCCUUCUGGAGUGGUUUGUAAUGAAUGUCUCUGUUGGACCUUUACCUACUAUUGCUACAGGUGCUUGUGGUGGGUUCCUGAGGACUGGAGAUGUGCCAGUCUUCCUUUUCUCCCCAGGCUGGCCUGAAAACUACAAUAACAGGGAAGACUGUAUGUGGCUUAUUCAGGCUCCAGACUCUACUGUAGAACUCAACAUCCUUUCUCUGGACAUAGAAUCUCAUAGAACAUGUGACUAUGACAGACUUGUGAUAAGAGAUGGAGACAAUAGCAUGGCCCCGCAGCUAGCAGUUCUGUGCGGCAGAGAGGUCCCUGGGCCCAUCCGGUCCAGUGGAGAGUACAUGCUGAUGCAGUUCACCUCAGACUUCAGUGUAACCAGAGCGGGCUUCAACGCAUCCUUUCACAGGACUUGUGGUGGAUAUCUGCAUGCAGACAGAGGGAUUAUCACAUCCCCUAAGUAUCCUGAGGCCUACACUCCCAGCCUCAACUGCUCCUGGCACGUCCUGGUACAGAGUGGGCUGACCAUCGCUGUCCAUUUUGAACAGCCCUUCCAGAUUCCAAACAGAGAUGCUUCUUGCAGCCAAGGGGAUUACAUGGUGCUGAAAAAUGGGCCUGAUGUCUAUUCUCCACCCUUGGGACUCCAUGGCGGGAAUGGCCGCUUUUGUGGCAGCCAUCCUUCAUCCACUCUGUUCACCUCAGAUAAUCAAAUGUUUGUUCAGUUUAUUUCUGAUAAUAGUAAUGAAGGACAAGGAUUUAAGAUCAGAUAUGAGGCAAAGAGUUUAGCCUGUGGGGGCAAUAUCUAUAUCCAUGGUGCUGAUUCUGCUGGAUAUGUGACCUCCCCCAACCACCCUAACAAUUAUCCCCAGCAUGCUGAUUGCAUUUGGCUCAUAGCUGCUCCUCCUGGAAAGCUAAUAAGGCUACAGUUUGAAGAUCAAUUCAAUAUUGAAGUAACACCCAACUGUACAUCAAAUUACCUCGAGUUGCGAGAUGGAGCUGAUUCAAAUGCACCGGUACUUUCCAAGCUUUGUGGGACAUUUUUGCCCAGCAGUCACUUGUCCUCAGGAGAGAUGAUAUAUUUGAGAUUCCGGUCUGACAACAGCCCCACGCAUGUGGGAUUCAAGGCCAAAUAUUCCAUAGCCCAGUGUGGGGGAACAGUGACAGGGCAGAGUGGUAUCAUUGAAAGCACUGGAUAUCCAACACUUCCAUAUAGAGACAAUUCAUUCUGUGAGUGGCAUCUCCAGGGUCCCUCAGGACACUACCUCACCAUCCAUUUUGAAGACUUUAACCUUCAGAAUUCCUCUGGCUGUGAAAAAGACUUUGUGGAGAUCUGGGAAAAUCAUACCUCUGGAGAUCUAUUGGGCAGAUACUGUGGAAACACCAUUCCCAACAGCAUAGACACUUCUAGCAAUGUUGCUGUGGUCAGGUUUGGCACAGAUGACUCUGUUACUGCCUCAGGAUUCAGGUUACAGUUUGAAUCCAGCAUGGAAGGAUGUGGUGGGGAUCUAUGGGGCCCUACUGGAACAUUUACUUCUCCCAACUACCCGAACCCAAACUCCCAUGGCCGGAUCUGUGAAUGGAGGAUCACCGUGCAGGAAGGAAGACAGAUCACCCUGACUUUUAACAACCUGAGGCUGGAGGCUCAUCCAUCCUGCAGCAGUGAGAGUGUGACAGUAUUCAAUGGCAUUAGAAGUAACUCACCCCAGCUAGAGACACUGUGUAGUAGUGUGAAUGCAAGCAAUGAGAUCAAAUCUUCUGGAAAUACAAUGAAAGUCAUGUUCUUCACUGAUGGAUCCAGGCCAUAUGGAGGCUUCGCUGCUUCCUACACAUCCAGGGAAGAAGCAGUAUGUGGCGGGUCCCUUGCAAAUUCCCCCGAAGGAAACUUUACUUCCCCUGGCUAUGACGGAGUCAAUAAUUACUCAAGAAACUUAAACUGUGAAUGGACUCUCAGCAAUCCAAAUCAGGAAAAUUCAUCCAUUUACAUUCAUUUUGAAGAUUUUUACUUGGAAAGUCACCAGGACUGUCAAUUUGAUGCCCUUGAGUUCCAAGUGGGUGAUGCUGAUGGGCCUCUGUUAUGGAGACUUUGUGGGCCUUCGAAACCUAUGGUGCCAUUGGUUAUACCUUAUCCUCAGGUAUGGAUACACUUUGUCACCAAUGAACGUGUAGAACAUGUUGGAUUCCAUGCAGAGUAUUCCUUUACAGACUGUGGUGGAAUACAGACAGGUGAAAGUGGAGUGAUCGCCAGCCCCAACUAUCCAGCUUCUUAUGACAGUCUGACGCACUGUUCUUGGCUAUUGGAAGCCCCACAAGGCCAUACCAUCACUCUCACAUUCAGUGACUUUGAUAUUGAAGCCCAUGUCACCUGUGCUUGGGACUCUAUCACUGUCAGGAAUGGUGGUUCUCCCGGGUCGCCAAUAAUAGCACAGUACUGUGGAAGUUCAAACCCCAGGACAAUCCAAUCUGGUUCCAACCAGCUGGUGGUGAUUUUUAACUCAGACCAUUCAGUGCAAAAUGGUGGAUUUUAUGCUACAUGGAGCACACAAACUUUGGGUUGUGGGGGAAUAUUUCAUUCAGAUAAUGGUACAAUCAGAUCCCCUCACUGGCCUCAGAGUUUUCCUGAGAACAUCAGAUGUUCCUGGACAGUCAUUACUCACGAAAGCAAACACUUGGAGAUCAGCUUUGACAGCAACUUCCUAAUCCCCAGUGGUGAUGGACAGUGUCAGAACAGCUUUGUGAAGGUCUGGGCAGGAACUGAGGAGGCCGACAAAACUCUGCUAGCUACAAGCUGUGGGAACGUGGCUCCUGGAUCCAUCGUCACACCGAGAAACAUGUUCACUGCCACGUUCCAAUCUCAGGACACCCCAGCUCAGGGUUUCUCUGCGUCGUUUGUAAGCCGAUGCGGAAGUAAUUACACUAACCCUUCAGGUUACAUUGUUUCUCCAAACUACCCAAAGCAGUACGACAACAACAUGAAUUGCACCUACAUCAUAGGAGCUGAUCCUCUGUCCCUUGUUAUCUUGACCUUUGUGUCAUUCCAUCUGGAAGCUCGCUCAGCCAUAACUGGAAGCUGUGUCAAUGAUGGGAUACACAUUAUCAGGGGUUACAGCCUAUCUUCCACGCCUUUUGCAACCCUGUGUGGUGAAGAGGUCCCAUCUCCUGUCACCAUCUCUGGUCCCAUGCUGAUUAACUUCUAUUCCAAUGCACACAACACGGACUAUGGUUUCAAGUUCUCCUAUAGGAUAACCUCCUGCGGCGGUGCCUUUAACUCCUCCACUGGAAUCAUCAAGAGCCCUGCCUACUCCUACUCAGACUACCCCAACAGCAUGCACUGCUGGUACAACAUCACCGGUAGAGCUGACAGGGUGAUCCAGCUCAAGUUCAGUGAUUUUGAUGUGGUUCCCUCUGCCUUCUGCUCCCAAGACUACCUGGCAAUUUAUGACGGGUCUGACAUCAGUGAUCCCCUUCUUGGCAAAUUCUGUGGUUCUAAGGUCCCACCAAAUGUUAAGAGCAGCAAUAAUAGUUUGCUCCUGGUGUUCAAGACAGAUUCAUUUCAAACAGCAAGAGGUUGGAAGAUAUCUUUCCAGCAGACGUUAGGGCCUCGGCAAGGAUGCGGGGGUUACCUGACAGGCUCAAAUCACACCUUUGCCUCUCCCGAUUCUGAUUCGAAUGGAAGAUACGACAAGAACUUAAACUGCCUCUGGCUUAUAACCGCACCUUCAAACAAGCAGAUUAAACUCAUCUUCAAUACAUUUGCUCUGGAGGCAGCAAGUUCUUUUCAAAGAUGCACUUAUGAUUAUGUAAAGUUAUAUGAUGGAGACAGUGAGAAUGCCGACUUGGUUGGAACAUUUUGUGGCUCUACUGUACCUGCUCCCUUUACCUCUUCUGGUAACUUCCUUACCGUUCAAUUUGUCAGUGACAUCACUGUAGAAAGGGAAGGAUUUAAUGCUACAUAUACCACCGUGGACAUGCUUUGUGGUGGAACAUAUAAUGCGACUUGGAUCCCACAAAGUAUUUCAUCCCCCAACUCUUCAAGCUUAGACUCCCCGUUUUCCAUCUGUGCCUGGGUCAUUGAAGCUCCUCCGCCUCAUCAGGUCAAGGUAACAGUGUGGGCGUUCCAGCCUCACUCAGCGGACUGCAGCCAGAAUUACCUAGAGUUCCAAGCCUCACCGCAGAGUAGUGGCAUCCCAGGAAUUCGGUUCUGUGGCAGAAAUGCUUCAGCUGCACCGUUUUAUUCUGCCAUGAAUACUGCAAUCGUCACUUUCAAAUCCCAAGUGUUUAACAGCACCUCUAGAGUGGUUUUUUCCUAUCAGAUUGCAGAUUGCAACCGAGAAUAUAAAAAGGCAUUUGGCAAUCUGAAGAGUCCUGGCUGGCCAGACAAUUACAACAAUGGCAUGGACUGCACUAUUAUUCUCACGGCCCCACACAACCACACCAUUUCCCUCUUCUUUCAUUCGUUUGACAUCGAAGACUCCAGUGAAUGCAGACACGAUUUCUUGGAGGUGAGAAAUGGAAGUGAAAGCAGUUCACCCUUGCUUGGCAAAUAUUGUGGAACUCUGCUGCCAGAUCCUAUCUUCUCUCAAAAUAAUGAACUAUUCCUACACUUUGAGACUGAUAGUACCACAUCCAGUCAUGGAUAUGAAAUAAUCUGGACCUCAUCACCCUCUGGCUGUGGGGGAACUCUUGAGGGAGACAGCGGCUCCUUCACCAGCCCCGGCUAUCCCGGCACGUACCCAAACAACACCCACUGUGAAUGGACCAUCAUUGCUCCUGCCGAAAGACUUGUCACCAUCAGCUUUUACUUGAUCAGCAUCGACGACCCCGGAGACUGUGUUCACAAUUACCUCAUUCUCUACGAUGGACCGGAUGCUAAUUCUCCAUCGUCUGGACCAUAUUGUGGAGCAGACACUAACAUAGCUCCCUUUGUGGCCUCCUCAAAUCAAGUCUUCAUAAAAUUUCACGCGGAGUAUGCAGGGCGCCCGUCAGCAAUCCGACUGGCCUGGGCCAGCUAACUGUGACACCCCGUGCUCCUCAGCACUUCGGCUCCACCGCCUGGGCCAUCAGACUUGGCACUGGCUGGGAUUCUGCCAUCCUCAUACGUGACCUCCUGUCUGUGCCACUGAGAAUAACUUGACUUUAAUGUUUCUCACCAAAAUACAUGUGGAAUCAAUAUUUACACAUUUUGUUUUGAAUGUGGAAUUUGGCUUCUUUAGUCUUGGCUGCCCAUGUCAUCCUGAGUUCUAAUAUUUGGAGCUGAAAUUUUUUAAGAUCCUUUAAAAAUCUGGAAAUCAUAUGGCAUAUGUGCUGUACAUUUUCAAAAGCUGAUGAUAAAACAGAGGUACAGUUUUCACUGUGAAUAUCAAAUUAGGGGUAAUAAACAUUACUGAAGUGUACACAGUGAUGCAGCAUCUACUUUUAACUCUUUAAAAUGUAGUCGUUUUCACUAUGAAUGUAAAUAACUGUUCAAGCUGAAUUUUAAAUUUCGACUAAGCACACGACGCUUUCAGAAUAGGACCUUGGGAGCCAAGCUGCCUGCAUUUGAAGUUUAGCCCUACUAGCAAAGUGCUUGCUUCACAUCUCUGUGCCUGUUUCCAUGAGUACCGCCAUGUCUAUUCCAGUGUAACAACACAAGAUGUGAAGUUAUACAGAGUUUAAGGAAUGCUUUCAUAAAGUGUUAUGCUGUCUUUAACAAAGAGACUUUAUUUUAAAUGUUUGAAGUUAAGUCUCAUUAAGAACAUGGGAGCAAGUGAAUGGAAGAAGCUGUAGAAUGUGUUACUCAUCUUACUCUAAUGCCCAUGUGCCAGAGUAGUAACUUCUGCACAGAGUACUGAGCCACAUAAAUAAAAUACUUUCACCAUAAUUGCUGCUUCCUUUAACUCUGGAUUUCAAUAGGUGCAACUUUAUAGGUGACUUGCUAUUGGAAAGAAUGGUGAAUGUGAUAAACACCUUCAAACCCAAAGGGCCUCGACAAGCUGGAGCAAUGGACUGGGGCCCUCACGGUGCAGUUUGUUGGAGGCAGAUAUAACAUCUUGCUCUUUGAUCUAAAAAUGAAUCACAAAGGUACAGGAUAUGGAGAAAGUGUAGAAAGAACUUCUGAAGUAGUAUGGGAAUUUUAUCUGAAAGCAAAAUUAAGAUAUGCAGCUGUCAAACAGUAAAGAAGAUUUGAUCUUAGACUGUGUCAGGAGAGUAUGGUAUCUACACGAGUCAUUUUCAGUCAGAGACACACUUUCCUAGGAAGCAUGUUAGAACCUCCUGACACUUCAGGACUUUUUAUUUCCAAUGUGCAGGGGUUGGAUGGGGCCGAUGACAGUGCGGGGUAUGAGAUGCACAGGAUGGGGGUUCUAUUUGUCAUGACUUCCUAGUAAAUUUCAACUCCAUUUAAUGGGGAAACUGUUAAAACUAUGUCACACACUCAGCAUUGUAGUACUAACAUCAUUAAUUUUAUUGAGAACUUAUCUCUGUAUAACAUUUAUUCUAUGCCAGGCAUCAUUCUCAUGUCACUCAUUGAAACGGAAUCCUAAGAACCAUCACCCCUAUUUUACAGUUGAGAAAAACAAGGUAUGGAAAGUUUUAUCAAAUGCGAGUGACAGCCCAGAGAUUCUGCCCUCAGCCACCACCCAAGCUUGAGCCUCCCUCCAGUUGGAAGGAUUAGGUGUGAACUUUUAAAUAUGAUAGUCAAACUAUUUUCAUGGAUCUUUUGGAAUUGUUAAAAAAAGAUUGGCACAGUUACAUGACACAGAAAUAAUGUUAAUGCAAUUGCUAUUAGUUUAGUACAAACAGAGAUUACACAGCAUCAAAGGUCAUGUUCAUGAAACGAAAUUUUUUACUUACUCAGACCACAAGUCAUCUGUGCUAUCAAUUUAAUGGGAAAGUUAUUGAGAGAAAAAUGAUGUGAUAAUUGCUGGAUAUUUGAUGAUUCAAAUUUGGUUUUCCCAAUUUUAAUCUAACUUUAUAUGUCAUGUAGUAAGGAGUUUAUUAUAAAUACAGUUUAGAGAAUAAAAAAAGCUUUUUUAAAAUUAA